CUGUGCACUGAGGGCCGAGGAGAGGCAGCAGUGAGCGGUCAGUAAACAGGACAGCUUGUCGACUCAGCUGCUUGGCUGGCUGCUGCCUGGGAGGGACGAGGGCGAAGCAGAGGCGGUUUGGAGUUGAACUUACUGACUGUGGGAGUACGAAACAGCAUUUAACCCGGCACAGGAUACUUCCGUAGGUGUCGACGGAGGCAAGCGGCCACUGUUUGGCCACACGACGGUCCUAAAAUGCACCGAAUAACGGGGAAAGCGGGAGGGGACAGUUUGAUUGAGAUGAGCCCGACGGACUCUUUCAGCGAUGAUAUGAAUGGUUAUGACCAACGUGCCUCAUCAAGAACAGGAUCCCAGGGACCGUCUGUGUCUCCACCUGAUGUGUGUGUGGAGACCUGUGAGUCUCUCAACACCAGCCUGGUCUGCCUGGACUCCUCCGACCUGAGCGACUGUAUUCAGUACAGAUCUCAACCCUCAGAGCAGAUCAGUGCUCUGUUUGGGCUUUCGAGAAAACGGUCGCUAUUCCUGAAGUACCGUUCCAGGAUUGACAAACAACAACAGAGUAAAGACUCUGUGUUCUUCAGAGAUGGCGUGCGCAGAAUCGAUUUUGUCCUGUCGUAUGUCGAUGAUAAAGACGAUGAGAGAAAACAGGAGAAGAGGAGGGUGUAUGAAUCCAACUUGGUAAAAGUUGGGCUGGAGCUGGAAACAGAAGAUAAAUCAGAGUCAGAGGAUGGAAAGACCUACUUUGUAAAGAUCCACGCGUCGUGGGAAGUGUUGGCCACGUAUGCAAACGUGCUGAAGAUCAAGGUUCCAUUCAAGGUCGCCGACACACAAGACAACAGCAGAGAGAUCCCCAUGAACUGGCUGUCCACGCCUUUUCGUCUGCCUAAGGACAUCAUGCAUCCGGAGCCAGAUUAUUUCACGGCUCCCUUCAACAAGGAGAAGUCCGACUUCUUCCUUAUUGAGGACAAAGACACGUUCUUCCCUCCCUCCACUCGCAACAGGAUAGUCUACUAUAUCCUGUCCCGCUGCUCGUACAUCAGGGAGGAAUGUGGAGAUGCGGACAAGAAGGGAAUCAAGAGGCUGCUGAAUAAUGGCACCUACACAUCUGCCUUUCCUCUUCACGAUUCGAGAUACUGGACAAAAUCAAAAGAUGCGAACUGUGAAAGUGAACGAUACACUCUGUACAAACACUGGGCUCGGUUCCUCUGCUUUUUCAAGGAGCAGCCUCUCGACCUUGUUAGAAAGUAUUAUGGGGAGAAGAUUGGCAUUUAUUUUGCUUGGCUUGGUUUCUACACUGAGAUGCUUCUGUUCGCUGCCGUCGUAGGAACACUUUGUUUCAUUUACGGAUUCCUCACCUAUGACAACAAUGAGUGGAGUAAAGAAAUAUGUAGCGAGCAGAUUGGAGGGAAUAUUGUCAUGUGUCCACUCUGUGACAAGAAAUGUGGCUUCUGGAAACUCAACACGACGUGCAACUCUUCGUGGCAAUCACAUUUAUUUGACAACGUAGCAACUGUGUUUUUUGCCAUUUUCAUGGGAAUUUGGGUGACACUGUUUCUGGAGUUCUGGAAGAGACGACAGGCCCGCCUCGAGUACGAGUGGGACCUGUUUGACUUUGAGGAGGAACAACAGCAGCUGCAGCUUCGACCAGAGUAUGAAACCAAAUGUAACGACCGCAAGCUGAACCCCAUCACUAAGGAACCAGAGUGGGUACUUGACAGAACUGUAACAGAUAUAGCGGGGAAAUUAUGUCUGUGCUGGGUCACAGUGAUGUUCUGGAUUUCAUUGAUCAUUGCCUGCAUCAUUGGGGUCAUCGCGUACCGCUUGGCGGUGUACGCAGCCUUCGCUAGCAUCAUGAAGGACAGUCCCACAAACAAACUGGAGGUGGUCGGCCCUUACAUCACACCCCAGCUGGCCACCUCUGUCACAGCCUCUUGCAUCAACUUUGUCAUCAUCAUGAUCCUCAACCUCAUGUAUGAGAAAGUGGCUAUUUGGAUCACAGACAUGGAAAUCCCAAAGACCCAUGUGGAGUAUGAGAACAAACUGACGGUCAAGAUGUUCCUUUUCCAGUUUGUCAACUACUACUCGUCGUGCUUCUACGUGGCUUUUUUUAAGGGCAAGUUUGUCGGCUAUCCUGGAGAUUAUGCUUAUAUGUUUGGCAAGUGGAGCAAACUGAGGAAUGAAGAGUGUGACCCCGGCGGCUGUCUGAUCGAGCUAACGACCCAGCUGGUGAUCGUGAUGACUGGAAAACAGGUGUGGGGCAACAUUCAGGAAGCUCUGUUGCCGUGGCUGAUGAACUGGUGGGGCAGCAGGAAGGCACGGAAGCACCCAGAGAGUCUGUACAGCCGCUGGGAGCAGGACCACGAUCUGCAGGGCUUUGGGCAGCUGGGCCUCUUCGACGAGUACCUGGAAAUGGUGAUCCAGUUUGGUUUCAUCACUCUCUUCGUGGCGUCCUUCCCCCUGGCGCCCCUCCUGGCUCUCAUCAACAACGUCAUCGAAGUGCGAGUGGACGCCUGGAAGCUCACCACUCAGUUCAGACGUCCCGUGGCAGCCAAGGCCCACAGCAUCGGAGCCUGGCAGGAAAUCCUCAACGGGAUCGCCGUGUUCUCCGUCGUCACAAAUGCGUUCAUUGUGGCCUUCACCUCUGAUAUGAUCCCUCGGUUAGUGUACAUGUAUGCCUACCAGCCAGAUGGGGAGAUGAACAUGAAAGGCUACAUAAACAACAGCCUGUCUGUGUUUAACAUCUCUGCGAUCCCACCAGAGAACAGCCCUGAGAACGGGGAGAACCCAUCCUGGUUUAACGACUCCAUCACGACCUGCAGGUAUCGGGAUUACCGCUACCCCCCCGGGCACGAGAAGCAGUACUCCCACACGAUGCAGUUUUGGCACAUUUUGGCUGCUAAGUUGGCUUUCAUCAUUAUUAUGGAGCAUGUUGUGUUUAUGGUCAAAUACUUCGUGGCCUGGUUGAUUCCCGACGUUCCCGCAGAUGUCCGGGCACGAAUAAAGAGAGAGCGCUACCUGGUCCAGAAGAAUCUCCACGACUACGAAGUUGAGAAGCUGAAGAUCCAACUCAGCCAACAAGGCAACCACGAGUGUGCAGCAGGAAGUCUGCGCGUUGAUUCUUUAUCUGCUUUGAGGUCACAAAGCAUGCGCUUCGAUUCAUCUGUUUCAUCUGACCAUAACCUGACAUGUGAAGUAGCUACUUUUGUUUAGUGAAGAGAAAUCUGUGCUCUUGUUCCCACUGUGAAAGGGACGGGUUUCGUACAGUCGUGGCCAGUUGUUCAGCGGCGGCUGUCGACUGUUUACCCGGAGAUGAGAGGCGAAUGCCCCCCCCCUUUUGUUUUUCCUUUUUUUAUGGGUGUUCUUGUGUUUUCCAACUCCCUCCAACUGAACUAUGUUAGCUCCUGUUCUCCUGGUUUCCUCAGUCGUGUCUUUGUAGACAAUAAAAGACACAAUUUUUUGUUUGUUUGAUUUUGCACAAAGCACUUAAAGAAUCACAAAAAGAUGAACGACUAAUUGAGGCGAUGACACUAUCUUUACAGUGUUUAUUACAGCAGCAGAGUGCGAUGACAACUUUACAGAUAGAUGGAACAAGAAUUGUAGGGAUUGAUGUUUUAUUUAUGUUUUAGAAUAAAAAAAAAGAUUGGCUGUAUUUUUUAAUAAUAUGAAGGAGUUUCCACAUCACUUUCAUUUUUUGUGUGGAAGGUUAAUGAAGGAUAUUAUGUAGAGAUGCUGACUAAUUGUGAUAACUGUCAUGUUUAUGUGUCCGUGUAUCUCACUGUUCCACUUUGCCUUAGCUCAACCUAUGUUUUUUUAUUACGAUUUUUUCAAGUUCUCUUUUUUUCACAAUGUUCACUGCUGUUAUAUUUUAGAUACAAUCUAAAAAUUUGAGCUGAAAGAGAUGAACCUGUUUAUUGUUUGCUCAAAGUGAAAUUGUUUUUAUUCAUUUGUGUUUUUGUAAUUGUCCUAUCUCGAAAAUUAUGAUGCCAUCAAAAAUAAAUCUAAUUAAACCAAGAGA